AUGUCAGAUAUCCAGUCGUUUGCUGUGAUCUACCUUUUUUUGGCAGGCUUCUGUUGCAGUUCUAUGGGCGUCGAUCAAUGCAUCCCCGCCGAGGGCUACAAAGGAUGUGCAUGCUACAGAGAAACAGUCAACAAAACGAAAGAAUAUGUGAACCUUCUGCCACUGAAGACGAAUUCGUCAACCCCAAGGUACGUUUCUUUGUCCGACUCGUGUAAUCUGCGCAGCGUUUUUGUCUUGAAAAGGGGAUCCGAAGAUUCUAGAUUAGACUAGACUGAGAUCAGUUUUGACUUCCUACGGUUUCAGCACGUCCAAGGGCUUUUAAAUUUAUUCUAAUUGAGCUGACUUAAACGGAGAACAGUUGUUAAGUUGGUGUGAAGGAAAUUGAAGGUAAUUUUAUUAACUAUGGGCAAGCUAGAAUGCAGAACUAUUUCUGCAGAGGUCAGAUGCCCUGGGAGGGUCUCCGGGUGGGCCUUAGGAUAAACUCGCGGUGGGGAUGGGGGUCCUUCCUUUAUUUGGCCGGGGACGUGCUACUGGACAGGUCUUGGCACACUUUUAUUAAAAUUAAGCCUUAAUACAUCCUUACCCCCUUGAAUGCUCAAAAACGUUCACACACCCCCUCGAAACAUUUUUAUUUGUGAUAAAAGUGAACAGAGUGUUGGUUCAACCUACCUCAGAGAAAUGUUCUGGGCUUUGUUCAACCCCUGGAAUUUCGUCCGUUCUACGAGGGAUCUGUAGAUAUUCACGUUUUUCUUCUCCGUUCGUUUAUUCACACAAGGCAUUUUAUAAUCUACACAUGUCUUAAUUCAGUGGACCCCUCGGCAUAUAUGGACCUUUGCCGUCCAAGAGGGAAAUUUGACUUAACAAUCGUAUUGAGUGGAGAAGUUUCCUUAGCUUUUCGGUGCAUGUUGCUGUAAUUUAAGUUAUUUAGCUACUUGUGAAUGUUACUAAAUAAAUUGAUCCUUACGUAAACACCGCAGUAACUUGGUGAGAUCAUCUGACAUAUCUGUGUAAUUAUUUUAGGUUUACAGUUAUGGACAAGGAUUGGUGGUACAUAUCUUACAGUCCAUGCGGUGAUUUCAGCGAAUUUGUUGGUGAAAAAAUGACUGGUUAUUUACCCUGUAUCAAGGCCACUGUAAGUAUGCAUGAAAAUAUUUAAACAAGUCACAUUCAAAGGCUGGUCAAUACCAGUAUUACAAAUCCAAUUGAAACCUUGUACGGGUCAGAGAGGGCACAAAAAAAAAACACACACACCCUUGUAAAGCGGCACGUCCCUGAAUAAGCACCCCUUGUUUACAUCGGAUACAACCCUUUCUCUACUAUUAAGACCAUUCCCAGUUUUUUCCAGUUUUUUUCUCCUCGCCCCAUGUAAGGAAAUGCAAGACAGUCUUGGAUUCUGGACUUCUCGCCGUGGAUUCCGGAUUCCAGGUACUGGAUUCCAGUCUUUGUCAGUGGAACUUAGUUAGAUUCCAGAUUCCAAUCCUUAAUGGGAUUCCGGAUUCCUUGAGCUUUAUUCGGGAUUCCAAAGCCCAGGAUUCCUCAUUCCACGACUAAAAUUUCCUGGAUUCCGGAUUGCACAAGAAAAAAUUUCCGAAUUCCGGAAUCCCUUUAUGGGGCGAUUUCAACAUCUAGCCAGGAAGUCAGGAAGCGCAUUCGAUGCUAAACGAAAACAAUUAAGGAGACGAUGGCCUUAGCUCUAACAAUGAAACCAAGCUUAAUAGUAUAAAAACAAAAAUAGAACAUCUGGAGAAUCUGUUUGGCUAUUUGGGUGCACCCAAAGUAACAUUUGUCUCCUCAACCGCACAUUUCGUAGGUUGCAAGAUGGACAAACACAUCCGUCCACAGAUGUGAAAGCCUGGGUGAAAAUGCGAAUGCAAUAUUUGUGAGUACUGUCGUUGGAGAUGAUGUAGGAUUUAUCACAUCAAACCUCACUUUAAAAUUUAGGUAUUAAAUUGGGUUUAAAUUCUGUGGUACUUUGUUUAAAAAAUAGGUUGGUCUUUUUCCUAUUACAGUCGACUCCCGAUAAUUCGAACCUUCAAGGGAAAUAGAAAAAAGUUCGAGUUAUCGAGAGUUCGAGUUAUCCAGGGUAAAAUUAUAUAGAAAAUGAUCUGAAGGUAAAUGAAAAUUGCUUCGAGUUAGCGGGAGGUUCGAGUUACAGAGGGUUCGAGUUACCAAGAGUCGACUGUACUAGUCUCGACCACCAUGUCCAAAAUAUCGUGAUGUGAUGGUGGUGCUGCUCCACCUAAAUCCGCGGGAGUACCAGCUAGUAACCGUUGUUCCAAUGUGGACCUUCUUCACUUGUUUAUUCUCCCGCUAAUAUCACGUGGAGUUACCCUGCAUAAUUUCUUUCGUCUCACGUGAGGUCAUGGAGGGUAAUGGAAUAGAAAUGACGAAAUUUUCCAAGCUGUUUCAUCCCCUUUGGGGGUGAAAUCGCACAAAAAUCGCCCGUGUUAACGACGAUUACAAUUUAAUCAAUUUAUUGAUAUAAUUCAUAAUUUUUACUUUUCAGGAGUGGAGAAAAGGAACAUCAUUCAGCCAUCAUUUCAUUAGUUUGCAACGACACUUUGCCUGAAAGCAAAAGCUACUUUCGAUACAUCAACACAUCGAAUAGGCCAACUGACACCUAUGUAUGUAUACAGAUUUGAGUACUUACUUUACCGUGACAGUUCCCACUGUAGAAUUUUUAUGAAUUUCGUGACACAGCUCCUUAAAUGUGUCUGAUAUGAACAUACCCUGAUGUGAGUGAUGUGACGGCCGGAGUCACGCAAGCUCCCUGCCCGAGCUUGCGCGACUCCGGCCCAAACUGCUGUGUAGGAGACUAGUUACUGGGGAGGGGAUUGUAUCUAGAGUGGACUAGAGGGUGGACUCAGGGGCACGAAAAGUAGCCUCCCAUACAGACGCUCUUAAGGGUUCGUCACGCGUUCCUGUCCCACGUUGGGGAGGAUUGCGUGACGAGCCGAAAGAACGUCUGAGUGAGAGGCUACACCAAAAGAAGCCCCCCGUUUACCCCAAAUACAUAGAGUCAAACGUCUCUUGGUUGUCCCCAGACGGUUUUAUUUUCUUGUCAACAGUAUCUUGAAUUAACAAGCAAAUGUUGCUGUCCAGGCAAAUGUGGGUCUCCUCCAGGUAUGAAUGUAGUUUAUCAACAAAUAAAGUUAUUCACAUUCAAGGGAGUGGGGGUCAUUGCAGAUGUCACUAUGACAGCCUCCAUGUAGAACAGCUGCCAUUUUUUCACGUUUUCAGGCAAGCAUAAAGAGGUUGUGGAGCGCGAGACACGCGCCUUCCCCGUCGCGCGUGACUCGCUCUCCACGUCUGCUUCGCGCUCGCCUGAAAACACGCAAAAAUAGCCCCUAUUCUGUAGGCUAUUGCCAUAAGGGCUUGUCAGCUUUUAAGAUAAAAAUGAAACAAACCAAAGAAACAAUGUCCCCUCUUUCCAGAAAGAUAAUAGACGUAGACUAAGCAACCGCUACACUAACGCAAGCAUACAAGGCCUGCUUACUUUGUAAAACUUGGGGAGACUUCUCCAGAGUGACAAAUCGAAGCCGUGUAGAAAACCACGAUCAACUAGCCCUGGGUACUACAGUUCACCACAGCCGUUACAAUUUCAAUUGGUACAUUUACUGCAAUUCACCAUUUUCACAUUGCCCAUAAUAAACCCCCUGUCUCAGCACCAAUGUGGGUUCCGCGCUCUUCAUUCAACAGUUACAGCCUUAUUGGAGGCAACUGAUAGUUGGGCCUAUAAUAUUGAUAUGGGUAAUGUUAACGCUGUUGUUUUUCUUGACCGUAAGAAGGCGUUUGACACAGUCGACCACCACAUUCUAUUAUCUGAAUUACAUCUCUAUGGUAUAACAGGUGUUUCCCAUAAAUGGUUCUCCUCCUAUUUAGAUAAUCGUUCUCAGAAAUGCGUUGUUAAUGGUUCAGAAUGUUGCACCCUCAAGUGUGGUAUUCCCUAGAGAACAAUAUUAUUUGCCCAAUUGUCUGUCUCUCCCUGUGCCAAGAAUGUAUGCUAAUGAUACCCAUCUGACUAAUUCGAAUGGUAAUAUCCAUUGCAUUCAGUCCUCCCUGAACGAGAACUUGCGUAACUACAGUUACGACAAGGAACAGUUGCCAACAGUUGUCAAAAUUACCCACAAUUAUACCUCAUUAACUUCUUUGAUAUUAUUUGUUUUUAGAGCCACCUGCAGCCCCGCCUACAGGUUUGCCUUUCUUGGAACUUGUUUCUUGGUUACCCGUCGCUCCAAAAAAAUUACGAUAUUCAUAUAUAUUUUUUUAAAUUUCUCUUUCAAGGACACUCGACUGUGGUUUCUUCAAGCGUCCUCAAAACCUUUGA